AUGGCGUCCAUCAACGAGGAGGAGAAUGGCGGAAUUCUCAUGAAAAAUGUGGCUGACCUGCGGACUUUGGGCAUUUGCUCAGCCAAAUGGCUGAUCUUGAUCCUGGUGUGGAAUCUUCAUCCCUACCUGGGUCUUUGCGGAAAGCUCUUCGCAGGUUUGGUCCAGUGUGUGUGGAGCUUCUAUGUCAUGACAAUGGUGCACAAUGCGAUGCACUGCGAUGUCUUCCGGCAUGGAUUCGUAGAGUCCGUUUGGAGAGUCAUCCUCUCCGCAACUGCUGGCGUGCCAGUGGAAUCUUAUCGACCCACGCACAACCUGAAUCAUCACGUGUAUACGCAACACGGGGACCACCUUGACACUAUGCAGAUGAAGUACAAGUGGCAUUUGCUCAACCUUUUGCUAUUCUUCCCAACAGUUUUCCCUGCGAUUCAGAAGUUGGAGUCUGAGUUCAUCGCCAACGAGGCGAAGAAAUGCUCCAAGACCUUCUUCCUUUUCAUCUUCCAGGUGAUGGCAGCACAUGGCGCUACAGGCAUUUUGCUCUAUCUUGACUGGCGCCGAGCAGUUCUUUGCUGGGUGAUUCCAUACAUCUUCGGUGCAGAUGCCAUCGUAACCAUGAACAUGCUGCAGCAUGACGGGACGGAGGACAUUGUUCUUGGAGAGCACAAAGGUCCCAAAAUGAAUGUGAAUUCCGCUCGGAACUUCACGGGUCCAGUGAUCAACUGGAUCACAUGCAACAAUGGCUACCAUGCCAUUCAUCACAUGUACAGCAACAUGCACUGGACCAAAUAUCCUGAGAUGCACCAGAAGUUGAUUGCACCACAUAGCAACCCCGAAUUGGACGAGCCGGACAUUCUCAAAUUCCUGUGGCGCACCUACUUUUGGCCGGGCAAACUUCCAGAGCAUCGCCAGAGCAAAGAGAGCUGA